GGGUAGACUCGUGUCUUUCCGCCUGGAUUCCCACUGCUGAGGGUGGCGGGAGGCGCAUGGCCAGGGGAGGGGCUAGUCAGCCCUCUCCAUCCCUUGGCGACUGGCCUUGUCCGCCCACAUACACUCCCACCCCGCACCCCUUUCCUAUUCCUCUCUUCUCGCUGUCCUGGGACUGGCCCUAUCCUGGGAACCUGCCUCUCCCAUCUGUGCCUCAACCCCCUUAGGCCUGCAAACGCUGGCCACGUACCCUACCAGGGAGUUUUUAAUUAAACCUUACUCCCCACUUCAGAGUCAGAAGGUUGAUGAACAGGACUGAGGCCCCACUUGGGGCACCUGUGAGCACCUGAUCACCUCUCACCUCUUACAACUCUUUUAGUUUCCUUCCCCCACUCUCAACAACAACAAAAAAUCACCCUACCCUGUGGAGGGAAACGAGCCCAGAGGGAGGCCAUCAGGUCUUUCUUCCCACAAUUGCUGACUCUUGCUUGGGCCUUGGUUCCCAUGGAUGGUGCAUGCUGGGGCCUGGUCUUAGUCCUGUGCAUCUGAGGUUGGCCAGCCUACUUUACUCCAGUGUCAUGGAUUUCUCCAAGCCUAAGGCCAGGUAGGAACUUAUGACAUUGAAGGCUAGGUUUCAAAUGGGUCCUGGGCUUUUCAGGGCAGCUGGUCAGUCACACAGGCCUUAGCGUGGUUGGUACUUGAGGUUCUUUAGAUCUAAGACUCUGAGAUUUGUACUUUCCUUGGGUUCCCAUGAGGAAUUCUGGGAUUUGUAGUCCUAAAUUAACCUCACGGCUUAUGAAGCUGAGAAGCAGCAGGCUGCUCUGAUCCCUCUGGCCCUGUAAGGCUUGGCGUUCAAGAAGUCAUUCCCUCCUGUGGUCAAGGCAGAGUUUGGCUGACCUCAGGAUUGGCAUCAAGAGCCCUGAUUAGGUACCAGUUAGGGCCAGGAUGGCCUGUAACCUUGUGUCUUCCUUCUGGUUGGUAGCAUUUCUAGGGACCACCAGCUGGCUGAGGCUCAGGGACAGAGACGGCUGCUCCAGCUAAAGUGGCCUCGGACCCCGCGUGGGCUGUGGAGUGGAUCGAACUUCCUCGGGGCCUCUCUUUAUCUUCCUUGGGAUCUGCUCGCACCCUCCGAGGCUGGAGCCGGUCCUCUCGCCCUUCUUCCGUGGACAGCCAGGACUUGCCAGAGGUGAAUGUUGGAGACACAAUCGCGAUGCUGCCCAAGUCCCGGAGAGCCCUAACUAUCCAGGAGAUCGCUGCACUGGCCAGAUCCUCCCUGCAUGGUAUUUCCCAGGUGGUGAAGGACCACGUGACAAAGCCCACCGCCAUGGCCCAGGGCCGAGUGGCUCACCUUAUUGAAUGGAAGGGCUGGAGCAAGCCAAGUGACUCUCCUGCUGCCCUGGAAUCAGCCUUUUCCUCCUAUUCGGAUCUCAGUGAGGGUGAACAAGAGGCUCGCUUUGCAGCAGGAGUGGCUGAGCAGUUUGCCAUUGCAGAAGCCAAGCUCCGGGCAUGGUCUUCAGUGGAUGGUGAGGACUCUACUGAUGAAUCCUAUGAUGAGGACUUUGCUGGAGGAACUGACUCAGACAUGGCUGGGCAGCUGCCCCUGGGACCCCACCUUCAGGACCUCUUCACUGGCCACCGAUUUUCCAGGCCUAUGCGCCAGGGCUCUGUGGAGCCUGAGAGCGACUGCUCGCAGACCGUGUCCCCAGAGACCCUGUGCUCUAGUCUCUGCAGCCUGGAGGACGGGUUGCUGGGCUCCCCGGCCCACCUGGCCUCCCAGCUGCUGGGCGAAGAGCUGCUCCUUGCCAAACUGCCCCCUAGCCGGGAAAGUGCCUUCCGCAGUCUGGGCCCAUUGGAGGCCCAGGACUCGCUCUACAACUCGCCCCUCACAGAGUCCUGCCUUUCCCCCGCCGAGGAGGAGCCAGCCCCCUGCGAGGACUGCCAGCCACUCUGCCCACCAGCGGUGGGCAGCUGGGAAUGCCAGCUACAAGCCUCUGACGUGGCUUCUUCUGGGGUGGUGUCCUUAGACGAGGAUGAGGUGGAGCCAGAGGAACAGUGAUGCAAAUCAUGCCUGAUGGUGGCAUGUGUCCCCUGGCUGCUGGGGGCAGAGCCUCUGUGCCCAGUUGUGGGCUUGAGGCUUCCAGCAGAGCUCCAAAGCCUAGAGGGCUCCUGGGAGCACUCACUCCUCAUUGUGUGUUUUGCAUGAAAGUGUCUAGAGAGGAGGCAGGGGACCAGGCUGGGGGCGCAUGUCCAGCCCCCACUCCUGGGGUUUGCCGGGGGUUGCCCGGGGCCCCUGGGGCAUGGCUACAGCUGUGGCAGAGUGAUGUUCAUGUUCUUAAAUCAAAAAUGCCACACAUUUCCUCCUCUGAUGAUGUGAACCCUUGAGGGGGCAGUUAUGACUGGGCUGUGUGGGAUAGAAUGGGAGGGAGCCUGGCCUCUCCCUGCCCCUCCCCCUGCCUCUCUCCUCUCUGCUUCUCUCUUCACCUCCGAGUCUGAGUCCAUGUGCAGUGCUUGAUAGAAUCACCCCCACCCAGGGAGCCUACAGAAUGAGCUGUCCCCAGGGUCUUUCUCCCAGCUGGGCUCGUGCUGUGCUUCACCUCUCCAUUGUCUCUAAAUCUUUUUUUCUCAAGAAAGGGGUUUUGGUCUGUUCUUUCAGUCGGAUCUUUGGGAGGCACUGGAAUGAUGAAAGCAUUACCCACCACCCUUUUCCUGGCCACCCUGAAGGGGUCUGUGCCCUUUCCCAGUCCCUUGUAGGAUGUGUGAGCAGGGGCCCAGUGGCUCCCAGACCACCAGGCUGCUUCAUUCAUUGAGAUCUCUGUAGGGUGGAGUUGGAAGAGAUGGCUCUGUUUGCUACAGAGCUGUGACUUUGAUGUUCUUCCAGAGGGGGCCACCAGGGGGCCACGCGGGUGACCAGGCAGUUGCCUGCUGAUGCCUGAGCAGGGCAAGAAUUGUGCCAAUGGGUGACAGUCAUGAGGGAUUGUCUCUCAUUGGGGAGGAAAGAGGGUAGUGCCUUUCUUGGCUGAAGGACAGGCUAAAGCUACUGUACUGGGGGCAACCAGGGUGUUGAUGGCCAAGCAGUGGAGGCCUCUGCAGAUCCUACACUCCAUGGACAGCAGGCUCUGGAGUUUUAUGGCCAUGGGGGUGUAGGUGGCUACAGAUUUCAGGCCUUGUAGGCUUUGGCAGGUAAUAGGGCCCAAGGUAAGAACACGAGCUGAUGGGCACAGGCAUUCUAUAUAUAAGUGGCUCAUUAGGUGUUUAUUUUGUUCUAUUUAAGAAUUUGUUUUAUUAAAUUAAUAUAAAAAUCUUUGUAAA